AUGAUCGUCAGCCUGGUGCUGCGACAAUAUUACGCUGAUGAUAUCAAGCAGAUACAGAGGUACAACAUUACGCAGAAUAUGGACCACAAAUGUGUAGGAGAUUUGCGCUCGCUGAAUCCCAUAUACGAAUCCGGAAUACUACGUGUAGGCGGCAGAAUCAAGCACGCGAAUCUAACCUUUGGACAGCAUCAUCCGAUUAUGCUUCCACUGAAGCAUCAUGUGACAAAGAUCAUCAUUAACGAUUUCCAUGAAACGUACCUGCACAUUGGACCCAGCGGCAACCCACGGACACCGGUGUCUCUGAAAACUUAUAUUGCGUUGUUUAUUUUCAUGGUUACAAAGGCGGUCCAUAUCGAGUUGGCAGUGGACCUAUCAACUCAAGCUUUCAUCAACGUGCUGAAGUGUUUCGUGGCCAGACGUGGAGUCCCUACCCAAAUACACUCCGAUAACGCCACAAACUUUAUCGGGGCGAACUCGGCACUGCAUGAACUGUACGUCUUGUUCAAUCAACGGGAUAUGAAGCAGGCGCUCAGUGACUACUGUCUACCUCAAGAAAUAAAAUGGCACUUUAUUCCGGCGCGGUCUCCCGAGUUCGGUGGCGUUUGGGAAGCUGGUAUCAAAUCAACCAAGCAUCACAUAACACGAGUUGUCGGCGAUGGAAGGUUUACCUACGAUGAGUGGAACACCUUGGUUGCCCAGAUUGAAGCCAUCCUCAAUUCGAGACCGCUUGUUCCUUAA